AUGGCUGUCCGUGCAUCAUUCGAGAACUCCAACGAGGUUGGCGUCUUCGCGACAUUAACAAAUUCAUUCGCCCUGGUGGCGGUCGGCGCGAGCGAGAACUUUUACAGUGUAUUCGAGGCCGAGCUCCAGGACGUCAUUCCCAUUUGCAGGACAACAAUCGGUGGCACGCGCAUCAUCGGGCGGUUAACAGCUGGAAACCGCAAGGGCCUGCUAGUCCCAACAUCGACAACCGACCAAGAGCUGCAACAUCUACGCAAUAGCCUACCAGACGAGAUCAAAAUCCAACGCAUCGAAGAGCGACUCUCAGCGCUCGGCAACGUGAUUGUGACCAACGACCACACGGCGCUGGUGCACCCAGAUCUAGAGCGCGAGACAGAGGAGAUCAUCGCCGACGUGCUCGGCGUCGAGGUGUUCAGGCAGACAGUCGCCGACCACGUGCUCGUCGGCUCGUACAUGGCGCUCAGCAAUUCGGGCGGCCUCGUGCACCCCAAGACCAGCAUCCAGGACCAGGACGAGCUCAGCAGUCUGCUGCAGAUACCGCUUGUGGCAGGCAGUGUGAACCGCGGGAGCAAUGUCAUUGGUGGUGGGAUGGUGGUCAACGACUGGAUGGCUGUGACUGGGCUUGAUACCACUGCGCCGGAGCUGAGUGUUAUUGAGAGCGUGUUCAGGCUCGGCGAGGGCGCCGCGCCGGGGGCAAUCAAGACGGAUAUGAAGGAUACGAUAGUCGAGUCGUUCUACUGA